AAAAAGAAAAAUGUAAUAAAAUAAGAUUUGAAGUAUUUGUUAAAGAGCAGAAUUGUUCUGCGGAAAAUGAGAUUGAUAAGUACGACUCAUCUUCAACAUGCCACUAUUUCCUUGCCAUUAAAUCUUCUCUCCCAGUUGGCACAGUUCGGAUCCAUCUUUGUGAUUCUUUGAAUUCCAAUCCUCCUGAUCAUUCACCUGAACCACUCUCUCCGACAAAAGUAACAAAGAUUGGUCGUCUGGCCGUUUUAAAACCUUUUCGAAAUCUAGGUAUUGGCACAUUACUUCUCCAAUCCGCAGAGUCCUUCGCAAUGUCGAAUUUAGGAAUUUUAAAUUUUAUUUUGCACGCGCAACUAAAUAAAAAAGAAUGGUAUGAGAAAAGGGGAUAUCGGGUAUUAAGUGAUCGGGUAUUUAUCGAGGAGGGAAUUGAGCAUUUGAAGUUGGGUAAGACAAUAAAAAUAUGA